AUGGUUAAGGCUUUAUCGAGCCUGCAUCCAGAGUGUGAGUUCAUAUUCCAGCUGGAGAGAGAGGAGCGCCACUGCCUUCAGUACAUUGCAACACAGGCCAACAGGAGCCAGGAAGGUUGUCGUCCAUUCUGGGAUGCAGUCGUCUGCUGGCCUCAUGCAGUCAUUGGAGAUACGGUCCACAGAGGUUGUCCUGCAGUCUUCUCCCUCUUCAGAAACAACACAGGUUCAGUGAGUCGUAACUGCACCAGCCAAGGUUGGUCCGGGCCCUUCCCAUCGUACCACGUUGCCUGCAGCGUGGAUGAUGACUUCCCUGAGACAGAGGAGUCAUACUUUGCCACUGUGAAGCUGAUCUACACUGUUGGCUACAGCGUUUCUCUAGCGGUGCUGACUGUGGCCGUGUUGAUCCUGUUACUCUUCAGGAGGCUUCGUUGUGCCAGGAACUUCAUUCACAUCCAGCUUUUUAUUACCUUUAUCCUUAAAUCUACGGCGGUGUUCAUAAAGGAUGCUACACUAUUCUCAAGUGAUGACAUCAACCACUGCACACUUUCCACAUUCGCCUGUAAGGCCUCUGUGGUCUUCUGUCACUACUGUGUAAUGGCUAAUUUUUUCUGGCUCCUGGUGGAGGCGCUCUACCUCAACUCCCUGCUGCUCUCCUCCUUCUAUCAAAGCCGGCGCUGUCUGUGGGGCUUCAGCCUGCUGGGAUGGGGCGUACCUGUGCUCUUCAUCCUCCUGUGGAUUGGAUCCAGGCUGUAUUUCGAAGACACAGAAUGUUGGGACAUCAACGAGGAGUCGCCCUAUUGGUGGAUCAUCAAGGGACCAAUUGUUGUGUCUAUAGCGGUCAAUUUUAUGCUCUUCAUGAACAUCAUCAGAAUCCUAAUACAGAAGCUGAAUCCUCGGCUGAUCCAGUUCAACAACUCCUCUCAGUACAGACGUCUGACGAAGUCCACCCUCCUCCUCAUCCCUUUGUUCGGGACUCACUACAUGUUCUUCAAUUUUCUACCUGACUACUUCAGUGUUAACCUGCGGCUCUGUAUUGAGCUCUGCAUGGGAUCCUUCCAGGGGCUGCUUGUCGCAAUUCUCUAUUGCUUUCUAAACCAAGAGGUCCAGAAAGAGGUGCACAUGCAGUGGCUGAGGUGGCAGGAGAGGAGUUAUGGGGUGGUGUCGCCUGCUGCAAAGGGCAGCCAGAUGGACACGCCCUUCUAGAAGAUUUCACCUUCUGUCUGUCGGAUCAAACUGUACUGCUCCUGUGCAACUCGUCUCACAUCUCUAACUCGCUCUACAGUUCACACAGUCAGCCAUGCACCAUUGAAUCCUGGGCGUCAGUAAGUUUUCAUUCCAAACCCUGACACUGUUUUCACUGGCUGCACUCCCGCCAUGACAAGAAUAUUGAGGUGAACCUUCCAACGGAGAAUGAUGCUGAGAUCCUAUGUCAUAUACAAACAAUACAUUUCUCAUGUGCCAAAGAUAAAAAAUAUAAAUUAUAGAUAAAUCAACACACUAUA